CGGGCGAUUCGCCUUGAAAGAUCGCGUCCGAGAACGACGGAGGUAGGAAGUCCGUACCUGGACCGGAAGGCAGAGGCUCGCGGCACGGACACAUCGAUCGUAAAUCGAUGCUUCGUGAAAUACAAUUGUCGUCGCAACGAUCAGUCGCAGAAACAUUGUCGCACAUGACUUGUCAAUACAACAAAAAUAACUUUCUUGUCGCGAUCGUCUGAAUCUGUCUCGCGCGAAUACGUAAUGCGGCGCACGAAGGAGAGCGAAGGAGAGCAGCGCAGUGAAAGCGGUCCGACCGGGGUCAGCCGUAGGGAUGUCGCGCGCGAAAAUGUCUCGGUGGAUCAUGUGUCCGGUGUGAUUUAAUUCAACAAGGUCAACCCUUCAGAUUCUGACAUUUCCGUCGGACAACAUCGAGUCGACCGCGACUUAUCGUCAAGGACUAUCGCGCGUAAGAUCGUUGAACGCAGAUUACGGUCUAGGACGAUCGAAUCGAUUGAAGUGCACGCGGCGGAAUCCUGCGACGGAAUUACGAUAUUUAACGAGUAUAGAUACGGAAUCGCUCGAGGACGAUCGAGAGUAAAUACCAAGGUUCAAGAUCCCACCUAAACUCCUUGUAAACGUCGAGUGUCGAUUGACUCUGUUGAAUAAUCGAUGUACCAAUGUCGCGAAAUAAUCCACGGCAGCCGUCGGUCGUCGCGCUGUCAGGUGACAGUCGUCGCGUGCCGAUCGGAGAACUUGGUGCCGACGCAUGCACGGAAGAUGGAAGUAAGAACUCGCGUUCGUGCGUCCACGUGGAGUACUAAGGACUGAAGUUUCGGAGUUCCGGUGGCCUAACUUCGGCACUGUCCUCCAGACGGAGGGCGCGCGAGGAUGUCCGAGAGAUGACUGGGUAUUGAGGAGGAGAGGGCGCAGUGACUUUGAAGUUGCUGCCACCUCGGUUUGAUGGGAAUGGAGAUGAACGGCACCGAAAGCAGCCUGAAUGGCACUGAGGUCAACCGUACUUCUGCGCCAAUCUUCACCAUUGGCACGGAUUUUAUCACACAAUGGAAACUGAAGAGACAACGGGAGCGUCUAUGUCGGUACGUGUACAACCAGAUUUUGACAGCAGAAUGUACCCAGUUAAAUAGAACAUGGCCUGACCCGGAUGACCCGCGCUGGAACAGCGGUGAAUAUGCGGAACUUCUACCCGACUGGUUCCCGACAAACGCAACGAAUGCCUCGGCAUUUGGAAAUGCAACGACUUCGUCGACGUUGGAUGAAUCUCUGACGCCCGUUUUGCCACCAUUCACGCUCUGGCAAACAGUUCUGAUUGCUAUCUGUCUGGCAAUAUGCAUACUGCUAACUAUUGGUGGCAAUAUCCUCGUUCUUCUGGCAUUCAUCGUAGAUAGAGCUAUCAGGCAACCGAGUAAUUAUUUCAUCGCAUCACUAGCUGCCACUGAUAUGCUUAUCGGCACCGUGUCGAUGCCAUUCUACACAGUCUACGUGCUGAUGGGAUAUUGGAAUCUGGGACCUCUUCUCUGCGAUCUAUGGCUGUCAGUGGAUUAUACGGUAUGUUUGGUGUCUCAGUACACCGUUCUGCUAAUCACGAUCGAUCGAUUCUGCUCGGUAAAGAUAGCUGCACAGUACCGUAGCUGGCGAACAAAGCAGCGCGUAAUUUGGAUGGUAACCAUCACCUGGAUCAUACCGGCCUUACUAUUUUUCAUUAGCAUCUUCGGCUGGGAGCAUUUUAUCGGUUUCAGAGAUUUAAACCCGGGCCAAUGCGCUGUACAGUUCCUUAAGGAUCCGGUGUUCAACACCGCACUAAUAAUCGGAUAUUAUUGGACAACAUUAAUCGUCCUGUUCAUUCUUUAUGGCGGCAUAUACAAGACCGCUUACGACAUGCAGAAGAAGAGCGAGGCUAAGCAGCGCAAGAUGCAAUCAAUGGUCGCGUUGAGUGCCGGUGCAAUGUCCGGUAUGGCCGGUCGUGCUGCUGGUAUAGGUAUUUCCAAGACUCAGAGCACCUUGUUGAGCCAAGACAAGCCGAAAAUCGGUGUCACAUUAGUGGAUGAUGGUGCUGUCGCUACGGAUGCAACGGCUACGCAGAAAACGGUCACGAAGACUACCGACGCCGUCGGAUGUGCACCAGAUGUUGCAAAUAAAAAUAUCACUGCGAACAUCGUAGUGACGGAAACCGAGAAAUCCGAACGCUCCAGCAGCCCCGUGUUUGAUUCUGAUGAGGAGAGCACCGCAGGCACUGCUCAGCAGCUCAACACUAUCAAAAAACGAUCCUCGUUGGCAGGUUUGGUAGCCCAAUCCGGCGCUCUUCAGGUUUUCGCCGCCAACGGACGCUUAAACGGUAUUAUGCCGGUCAAGGUUGAGCUAAGUGUGCCAACGACGAGGAGAUUGUUGCCGACGAGUCCUACACGUGACGUGGCGACACAGAAAGCUCAAACACUGCCCAAGAUACAGGAGCUCAAUCUCCUGGAUACCGACAAUCCCGCUGAGCCUGACAAAUCCAGCAGUUGUACGCUGACGCCUGAGCAAUCCUUAAAAUCGAACGAUGCCGACGGUAAUCAACAAUCGAUUCCCUCAGUCGAGGCGACGCCGCCCGCUCAACUUAAACGUGCGUCGAUCAAUAGCGUUCAGCAAAACAUCAUACCGCCGCCUACGCAGUUUCAGAGCAGCCCGCCCGUGUCGGAUAGCCCGACGACGUCCUCGUCAACCGACAGACCCAAGUCGUUGAUCGUAAGAUCCCACGGUCAAGGUACAUAUGAUAUCCUCACCGGUCUUGACGGUGGCGAUUUGCGAUACAUGGAUGAGAGUUCUAUCAUUCUGCCCAGUCCCUCUUACGAGAGUCCACCGUCUUCCUUCUCUUGCAGUUUGGCAAAUCCGCUGUCGACGGCACCUCCGUCGCCCAUUUUGGGUAGCGCUAUGACAGCCGGUGCAAGCACUAGUUUAUUGCAAACCGCUCUUAUCAGAGCGACAGCACAACAAGCUGGUACCGGUCAACUAGUACAGAUUGUGCAAAGUAAACAGCAUCAUCAACCAACGAUGUCGAAUGCAUCGAGUCAAACGCAUCCGCCGCGCGUGUUCAUCACACAUCAAACCAAUGUCGCGUCGCAGACGUCGCCUACUGUCAGCAAAGUACACACGGAGGUCUCUGUCAAUGCCGACAAAACGAAGCGUCAACCUGUUACAACAGUAGUCACAACUGCCGUGACUGUGCCGUUAGAUUUGUCCAAUAGUCCGACGGAUCGAUUCUCGGAUCAGCCUACUAAAGCGAGUAGUAAUCCACCACAAAACUCGUCAUCCAGCAGUAUAAUGCCAACGGCCUCGGCUACAAACAGUCAGGAAACGAAGACCCAAUCUAAGAAGAAAGAAACCACGGACACGGAACAAAGCGGUUCCAGACGGGACUUUGUCAAGUCUAUCGGAAAACGAUUGAAGGCUAAAACGCAGAAGAAGGAUCUCACGAUAGGUCGACAGAAAUCACGAACGGAGAAUAGGGCACGCAAAGCUUUUCGUACGAUAUCCUUUAUCUUGGGCGCGUUUGUUGCUUGCUGGACUCCUUAUCACAUAUUAGCACUGGUAGAGGGAUUCUGCGCAAAUCCACCGUGCACGAACGAACAUCUCUUCAUGUUUUCAUACUUUCUGUGCUAUGCCAAUAGUCCCAUGAAUCCGUUUUGCUAUGCCUUGGCGAAUCAGCAGUUUAAGAAAACUUUCACCAGAAUACUGAGAGGUGAUCUGCAUAUGACAUAAGGCAAGGCGAAUCGUUCGAGGAUGUUCUCGUUUCGAUAAUAUAACUAAUAAUUGUAGGCAACACGAACUCUUUUUGCACAGAAGAUGGCCUUCCAUACUUGAUACCGAAUUAUAUUCACAUGUCUGUAAAACUGUGUUGAACUCCGGACAAUAAUAAAAUGAGAAUAAUAUUAAGACUCGCCGGGAAAUCAGAUUACCCGCCUUUUGUACAUAAUGUAUCGUUAAUACACACGAGCUGAUCGAAAAUCAUACUCUUAUGUAUUGUAUAUAUGCUGUACACAUGUGUGAAUAUAUUUGUUAAUGUGUAUAAUGUGUAGUGUGCUGAGAAUGUACGUAGAUGUCAUGUACAAGUAGUAUUAAGCAAACAUAUAUAUUGUAUUAUGAUAAGCACGAUGCUAAAUCGAAUGCAUUCCUAAUACUUGCGAUUCAAACGGAAUAACGAUCCAUAUGCUAAAAUCGUAAGAGCUUGCGAAAUUUAACGCUACGUAGGACGCACCUUACGUAAUUAAAAUAAUAUAAUAAUGAAGUUAAUAAUAAGUUCUAAAUACAGUCGAACGAAAAUAUCGUUCAUCACGAAAGACGAAAAGUGAUGAUAUUAAAUAAAUAAGACAUUACCCGACUAUAUAUUGUAAAGCAAUCCACCGUUUUGAAUGGAGAACCAGUA